AUGCUUUGGAUAAGAUUCGAUAUGAAUCACUUACUGAUCCUUCAAAACUUGAUAGUGGUCGCGAACUUUAUAUUCGAAUCAUUCCAGAUAAGGAAAAUAAUGUUCUUAUUUUACGGGAUACCGGAAUUGGCAUGACUAAGGCCGACCUUGUGAACAAUCUUGGUACUAUUGCUCGUUCAGGUACAAAGGCUUUCAUGGAAGCUUUACAAUCUGGAGCUGACAUUUCUAUGAUUGGUCAGUUUGGUGUGGGUUUCUACUCUGCCUACUUGGUUGCGGACCGUGUUCAAGUGAUCACAAAGCACAAUGACGACGAACAGUACAUUUGGGAAUCGGCAGCCGGUGGAUCAUUCACCAUCACUCGUGAUACAGUUAAUGAACCCCUUGAACGAGGUACAAUGAUUAAACUGUUUCUUAAAGAAGAUCAAUUAGAGUAUCUUGAAGAACGUAAAGUUAAGGAGGUUGUCAAGAAGCAUUCCGAAUUCAUUGAUGAUAUUAAAAACGAAGAAUAUGCGGCAUUCUAUAAGUCACUUACUAAUGACUGGGAAGAACAUUUGGCCGUAAAACAUUUUUCUGUCGAAGGUCAACUCGAAUUCAGAGCAAUUCUAUUCGUCCCACGUCGUGCACCAUUUGAUCUCUUUGAAACCAAGAAAAAACGCAACAACAUUAAGCUUUACGUACGCCGUGUCUUUAUUAUGGACGAUUGUGAAGAUUUAAUUCCCGAAUAUCUUAACUUCAUCAAAGGAAUAGUCGAUUCAGAGGAUCUACCACUUAACAUUUCUCGAGAAAUGCUUCAACAGAACAAGAUUCUUAAAGUUAUUCGUAAAAACAUAGUGAAAAAAUGUAUGGAACUCUUCAAUGAGAUUGCCGAGGAUAAAGAGAAUUUCUCAAAAUUCUAUGAAGCAUUUGCCAAAAACAUUAAACUUGGAAUUCACGAAGAUUCUCAGAAUCGCGCCAAAUUAGCUGAUUUCCUUCGUUAUUAUUCCACAAAAUGUACCGAUGAACUUACCUCUCUCAAAGAUUACGUAACACGUAUGCCAGAAAAACAAAAAGAUAUUUACUACAUUACAGGAGAAAACCGUCAAGCUGUUGAAAACUCACCAUUUGUUGAGGUGUUAAGGAAACGAGG